CGAACUUCCCCCACACUCUCCUCGGCACCCACUUACCGUCGAGCUAAUCGAACCCUCGAACCGCAUUCUAUCGACCAUCCCAACCCGACCCUCCACAUAUACCGACCACCACCGCCACCAAAAGCAUAAUUUACCUCCACCACCAGCAAGCUACAAUGUCUAGGUUCAGUGGGGUCCAGCGAUUCGAUCCGUCGCCGCUGUCAGGUCCCUCGAGCCGAAGCGUCCCCAACAGCAGUGCACCUGUGGCAUCCCGAGCCACUCACCUUGGCAUCGGUCUAGGAGGCAAAGGACUCGGCAAGACGGGACUUCGUCGACACCAAAAGAUUCAGCGAGAUACUAUCCGCGGCGUCACGAAUGGCGACAUCCGUCGACUUGCCCGUCGUGGUGGCGUCAAGCGUAUCUCCAAGAUCGUCUACGACGAUAUCCGUCACGAGUUGAAAUCCUAUCUGCAGCGUCUCCUCAAAGAUGUAGUCGCCAUGGUUGAACAUGGCGGCAGGAAGACUGUCUCGGUCCAGGAUGUCGUCUUUUGUCUCAACCGGAUUGGACGCACUAUCUACCUUUGAUAUGGUGCACUUCAAUAGUGAGUGGUGCUCAUUAACAGUGAGUGUGCUUAUCGACAGCGAUUGGUGUUCAUCGAGUGUGAGUGGUAAUCAUCUCGUGGCGUUUGGCGUACGUCCAUUGCGUAUACAGAUAUCAUGACAGCGUACAUAUUGCGUUCGUUCACUAGUUUGUGCGACCCAGGUCAUCGAUUUUAGCGGGAUAUGGGGCAGUUCGGACUGGAUGCAUAAUGACCCAUGGUUGGAUUUUGGUGACUAUUGAGAUACCCUUUGCGCAGAAUUCGGUCCAACCGUAUAUAGGACACGUCCAGGAGUAGCGG